UGGUGGCUUGAAAUAGCAACCAGUGUAAACUAACUUUUCCCGACUCCGUUUUAUCAACUUUUGCACGAAAACACGUUAGUGAUUAUUUAUUAGCAGCCAUGGCUGAAGCUGACCCCGUAACCGUGGCCAAAAUCAACUAUUACUGUCAGACAGGCUACUAUGGGCACAUGGAGUCAGCUGCCUCCGAAGGUCUUCAGCGCUAUGGAAACGAUCCUGUUCUCAAAUUUUUUGUCGCAUUUGCAAAAGUUUUACAGAAUCGUGUCCAGGAAGGCAUGAGAGAACUGGAUAUGCUGAAGGACAAACGAGAUGUCAACCUUUGCUCAACAAUGGCCCUUAUGUUUGCUCACAAAAAGUCAGGUAGCACGGAUCGGGAUGCCAUACAGGAACUGGACAUGAAGCUGAAGGAAGAAAGAAAACAGGCUGGAGAACUGGGUCUGUACUUUGCCGGACUGUUUCUCUUUAACUCUGGCAAACACGACAAGGCUCGGGAGUACAUCGACAGAAUGCUCAAAAUGGCGCCCCAGAAUGCCGAUGCUGCGCUGUCCCCAGCGGCCACCAGAACUAUAGGACUCACUUUGAAAGGUUGGAUUGAACUUCUCAGUGGUCGAGAAGCGAAGAAAGCGAUCAAGUUCUUUGAAGAAGCUUUGGCCGACGGGUCCCGCAACGUGAGCGCACUGUUCGGGAAGGCCAAGUACUUUGAGCUGCGGCACAACUACAGCGGGGCCCUGGAGCUGAUCAACCAGGUGGUGGUGGGCCAGACCAACUUCCUGCCCGCCUUUGUGGAGAAAAUGAAGCUGCAGCUGGCCCUGCAGGACUGGGACCAGACCCUGGAGGCUGCCCAGCGAGCCCUGGACAUGGACAUCCACUGUCUGGAAGCCAUGGAGUACCAGAUUGUUCACACCUUGUGCCGAGAGGGAAACUACACAGAGUGUGGACGGAACAGCCUGGUCCUACAACAGACCCACGUAUUGGUGGAGAGGGCCGUGUCUCUGGACCAUCACAGCGCCGACAUUGUCAACGAGAUGGGGUGCCAGCUCAUGAUGCAGGGGAAGGUGAAGGAAGCCAUGAAGUGCCACCGCUCGGCCAUGCAGAUGGAUGAGUCAAGCGUGUCGGCCCUCACGGGGAUCAUCAGCUGUCAGCUGCUGUUGGGACACGUGGACGAGGCUGCACAACAGCUUGAGUUUCUCAACGAGAUUCAGCAGAAUAUCGGCCGCUCCGCUGAGUUGGCCUACCUGUCUGCCGUCCUGGCCAAGAAGAAGGGCCGGGGGCCAGAGAAGAGCAUGGAGCUCCUGAACGAGGCGAUAGAACUGCACUUUGCCGGACUCAAGGGUCUGCCUUUGGGUAUUGAAUAUUUCUGCAAACUCAACCCAGAUUUCCUGCUGCAAGUCAUCAAAGACUAUCUGCAGUUUGGCCCACAAGUGCCGGUGACGUCGGGCCAGCCCAUCAGUCCUGUGCUGAAGCGAUGCCACCAAGUCCUUGACCCCCUGACCCGCGCCGUGCCUGGUCUGAUGGAGGGCUUGUUCCUUAUCGCCAAGGUCAAGUUUCUGGCAGGCGACGUGAACGCUGCCCAGAGCACCCUCCAGCACUGCCUGGACCAGGAUGCCACCUUCUCUGACGCCCACAUCCUGAUGGCACAGAUCCACCUCAGUCAGAACAACUUCAAACUGGCCAAUCAGUCGCUGGAGGUCGGACUCAGCUACAACUUCCAGGUGCGUGACCACCCCCUGUACCACCUGAUCCUGGCUCGAAUCCUCAAGAAACAAGGGGACUCGGCCGAGGCGGUCAAGACGCUACAGAUGGCCAUGGCUCUGCCCGGGGUCAAGAAGAUAGGCUCAAGGUCUGAGUCUGGGAAGAAGUCGCGCGUGGAACAGAUCAGCGUCAACGACAGAGUGUCUGUCUUCCUGGAGCUGGCUGAGGCACACAGACAGCAGAAUGAACAGCACGAGGCCGCUAAAGUUAUGCAGGACGCCAUCAAUGAGUUCCAAGGAACUCCAGAGGAAGUUCGAAUCCUCAUUGCCAACGCCGAACUGUCGCUGGCCCGGGGAGACAUUGAGAUGGCUCUGGGCAUGCUCCGAAACAUCACGGCAGAUCAGCCCUACUUUGUGGAGGCUCGGGAGAAGAUGGCCGACAUUUAUCUGAACCACCGAAAGGAUAAGAGGCUGUAUGCUAGCUGUUACAGAGAGCUAAAUGAUAAACACCCCAGCACUCACACCUGUCUGCUGCUAGGAGAUGCCUACAUGAGUGUUCAGGAGCCGGAGAAAGCCAUUGAGGUGUACGAGUCGGCCCUCAAGAAGAACCCGAAGGACGCGGCCCUGGCCACAAAGAUUGGCCAAGCUCUGGUCAAGACACACAAUUAUGGCAAGGCCAUCAACUACUAUGAGGCAUCUCUCAAGUCAGGCGGCCAGGCUUCCCUCAGGUACGACCUGGCAGAGCUGCUCCUCAAGCUGCGGCAAUACGACAAAGCCGAGAAAGUUUUGAGGCAAGCGUUGGAACAGGAUGGGCAAGACCUGGAGACCCUGAUGGAGCACACGCGUUACCUUCUGCUGCUGUCCCAGGUCUACUCCCGCGUAGACAAGCUGGAGGACUCGCAGAACACGCUUCAGCGCGCCAGGGAGAUGCAGGCCAAAGUGCUGAAAAGAGUUCAAGUGGAACAGCCUGAUGCAGUGCAUGAUCAGAAGGAGUUGGCCGCAAAGAUCUGUAGCCAACUGGCUGAGCAUGCCACCAACCAGAGGGACACGGAGACAGCCAUUAAGUUCUACAAAGACGCUCUAGUCUACUCAGAGAAUGAUAGUAAGAGAAUGCUGGACCUGGCGGGUCUGUACCUGAUGACGGAGGACCUGGAUGGCUGCCAGCACCAGCUCAUGACCUUGCUGAAAAACGACAGCGACAACGACAAUGCCACCAUCAUGCUGGCGGACUUGAUGUUCAGAAGAAAUGAGUAUGACUCUGCCAUGUACCAUUUCCAGCAGCUGCUGCAGUCUAAGCCAGACAACUACGAGGCCCUGGCUCGACUAGUGGACCUGAUGCGUCGUGCCGGCAAGCUGGAGGAAGUGCCCAAGUUUCUGGAGACGGCCCAGAACGCCUCGAGUCGAGCUCCGGUAGAGGCUGGCUUCUGCUACUGCAAGGGCUUGUAUGAAUGGUAUUCUGGCAACCCGACAGAGGCCCUGAAACAUUUCAACAAAGCCCGCAAGGACUCGGACUGGGGCAGCAAUGCCAUCUACAACAUGAUUGAGAUCUGUUUGAACCCGGACAAUGAGACCAUUGGUGGAGAGGUCUUUGAUACAGUGGAGGGGGAGGGAGGAAGAAUGAGCUCGGACAAGGAGAAGCAGGACAGUGAGCUGAUGGCUGUACGAACCGCCGAGAAAUUGAUUCGGGAAGCUAAACCAAAGCCCGGUGACGUGCGGCACACAGUGUUGGAGAACAUGGCUCUCAUCGCCAGCAAACAGAAGCAGAACAUAGAGCGGGCUCUCAACAACUUUAUGGAGAUCUGUUCUAACGAGCGUGAACAUGUGGGCGCCUUAUAUGGCAUAGCGGCAGCUUACAUGGUGCUGAAACAGACACCCCGUGCCAGGAACACACUGAAGAGAGUGGCCAAAAGUCCGUGGACCAUCCAGGAUGGUGAAGACUUGGAGAAAAGCUGGCUCCUGUUGGCGGAUAUCUAUGUGCAAUCUGGCAAGUAUGACAUGGCUCAGGAACUGUUGAAGAGAGUUUUACAGUAUAAUAAGGUGUUGAGUUCCCACCCAAACUACCCAAAGAUCCGCAAAGACAUCUUGGAAAAGGCGCGGGCCAGCAUUAGGAUAUGAGGACUGGAGCUGCCUGGGCAGACUUGUAGAUCUUAAUAUGGGGAUUAUUUCUUUAAUUUGUUUAAUAUGUGAUAAUAUGUGUAUGCAAAUGUGUGGCAUCGUGGUGAAAUCAGGCGCUCGUCAAAAUACUUGAAAUGGAAGAAACUGACAUUUUUUCGGCCUUAAGGCAAUUUUUAUCAAAUUUCAGGGGGCUCACACCACCUUUAAUUAUCCAUUUAAAAACAUUUUUUUUUUCUAUGAGGAUCUCAGUAAAACACAUUGAUCAAAGUUACUCAAAAAUGUAAAUUUUGCAGUUUUCAAGAGCUCUCAAGCUUUGGAAGUCACCAAAUUUGGUGGCCUUUUUCUCGCUAAUUUUACCUCCUUCAAUGAUUGACUGCUUUUCAAGAUAAGUAGGUAUUUUCUCCAUCAGAAACAAAACAAAUGAACAAGCAUUAAGAUAAUGCCCAAACUCUAUAUGCUCCAAAAUUGAUGAGAGCCUGGUCCUGCCAUGUUGUAACACAAAUAUAUGAACUUUGAGAAACAUUUCCUUGAACAUCAUCAGUCAAAUAAGGUAAGGCUUACUUGUGUAAAGAUGAUGCCUCUUUGCUGAUUUCAAAAUAUUGUGGGUUGGGUGGAAAAAUGUGGUGUUGAUUUCAAAAUGUUGUGGGUUUGGGUGGGAUAAAAUAUUGGGUAUGGAUGGGAUGGCAUUGGUAAAUACUGUUCCCGAGACUUCCCUCUCCCUUGCCUGUUUUAAAAAAAGUUAUAGUAAGGAGGUGUUACUUGUGAGUAACGUACUGAGAAAAGGAGGGAUGAGGAAAAUAGACAUUUGACAGGAAAGAAAGAGUACAACCACACCAGAGCACCUGCCAACCACCCACUCCCAUCCCAGUGAAUCUCACUAGUAAGGGUAGUUGAUCAGUUAUACCGCGUUGAGCUAACAUUUCCGUCCACUUUUUUCUGUGAUAUGAGUCAUGUUGUUUGCAUGUAUAUAUGUUAUGGUAUUCAUGAUGGGUCUCUAUCAUUGUGGUCUUCACUAGAGAAGGCUAGAAGGAAAAGAAGAAUAAAACUGAUGCAACCCUAAAGAAAUAGUUAAAACUCUGAGACUUAAAAGAUAUUAAACACAUCAAAUGAUGAUAGUAAGGAUAAUGUGUAUAUAAAUUAUGUAUACUUUUAUGGUACACAUCGUGCGCAACUCAAAGGUGAAAAUAAUAAAAGAACAGACAUUACAUUCAAGAAAGAAUGGAAACUCUUUGAGACCUAAUAAUAAUAGUAAUAAUAAUUAUAAUAGAGCAGAUCCCAUUUAAAUAGUGCAGAGAUCCCUUGUAAAGGGUGGUCUCUUUGAACUUUACACUUUGUUAUCUUAGUCUUAGGGACAGUAAAUGUUUCUACGAGUAGAUUCACGAUUUCACGGGUGCUCUGUUAUCUCAGUUGGUAUCAUGUGGUCUACGGAGCGGAUGGCCUGGUUUGAAUCCAAGACCCAGACUGGGCGUUCUUGGACUCGGGGUCGUUUUGUGGAAUUUCAAGGCUCUCAACCCAUUUGGCUAGGUCUUAUCAGAGACAGGAGGUUAAGUUCGGAGGUCCUGCCAUUUGAAUAUCGUAAUAGUGUUGAAGGGAGCGUUAAACCUACAGACCUUUUACAAGAUUUCACAACAUCCAUUAUGACCUGUUUGUCAUGAGAUACUACAGUGGGUGAAUGAAAUGAAAAUUUUUUAAUUUGGUUGGAGAAUGAUCUGACCAAAAUUAUACUACCAGUACGAUGUACAGCGAAGGGAGAGACAUUCUUGAAUGAUGCGGUGUAACUUAAUCUAAUGUCACUCUGUGAGUUUGUUGUUUUGUAAGAGGUAUGCAGCUCUGUGUUUGGCAGUUUUUCUGUCUGUUGUGAUCUCGUUUACGUUUUAAAAAAAUCAUCUGUAUGUCCCUAAAUGUUUCUUUGAAUAAACUAUUUUUACAACAAUGCA